GUCUAGUAAAGACCCUUUUUAUUCAGCUCAUAUUUACUAAAGGCAAGCAAUCUAACUAUAUGUUGCAUUGGACGCCGCUGAAGCUUCCAGAAGCUGAGCAGAGAAUCCUGGAUUUACAGCGAGCUACCAUGUCAGAAUUUGUGAAUCCCUAUAGUGAAGAUGCUCUCUCUAAUCAUUCAUCAGAAUCAUCUGAAAAUACAUCACAAACCAGUGAAAACAGUGAAGGAGAGAAUAAAGUCAAAACAGUUCAUUCACCACAUUUAAGGUUUCCAGCAAUCAAUCCUAGAAGAAUGCUGAAGAAAAAUGUAGAAACUGAAUGUUCAAAUGAAACUAUAAAAAGUGACAUCAAAAAGCCUGAGGAAAAGGACAAGGCCAAAAAUAUGUAUGUGGUUUCUAAAGAGGUUGUAGAGGUAUCGACUGAGCUCCACAAGGAGGAUACCUCCGAGAGCACAGAUGAUACAGAUAUUAUCUAUGAAGAUUUAAGUGACAUAAUUGAGACUUGUCAAGACAUUCCACUUAAACAUAUAAACACAAACAAAUUGAAAAGUAAACUGAAAGAGUUGGAGAAUGUCACACUUAACAUUGCUAUAACUGGGAUGACAGGGGCAGGGAAGUCUUCCUUUGUCAAUUCCCUGAGAGGCCUUCCUAAUGAUGAUGAGAGAGCAGCUCCCACAGGGACAACAGAGACUACCAUGAAGUCAAACAUGUACCCACAUCCCACUAUGCCAAAUGUGAAGAUCUGGGACCUGCCUGGGAUUGGUAGUCCAAAAUUUAGAGCAAAGAAGUACCUGAAAGACGUAAAAUUACAUACAUAUGAUUUCUUUCUCAUAGUUACCUCUGAAAGAUUCAGGGAAAAUGACAUAGAGCUAGCCAAGGCGAUUCAAAAAAAUAAGAAGCUGUUUUAUUUCAUUCGCACUAAAAUUGACAAUGAUAUUCGUGCUGAAGCACACAAAAAAGACUUUGAUGAGCAGAUGUUGCUCAAUAGCAUUCGGAGGGAUUGUGAGAUGAACCUGAAGAAGGUCGGAGAACCCAAAGUCUUCCUAAUAUCUUCAUUUAAUUUAGAAAAAUAUGACUUUCAGAGGCUGAUCAACACUCUGGAGGAGGAACUUCCUCAUAACAAAAGAUUUGCUCUCAUUCAGUCUCUGCCAGUUUAUUCUCUUGAGACCCUAACAAAGAAGAAAAUGUACUUCAAGAAAAUAAUUUGGCUGAAUGCCUUUGCGGCUGGGCUCGGAGCAGUGGCUCCCAUUCCAGGGUUGUCAGUGGCCUGUGAUUAUGGCAUCAUGAAGAAUUUCUUUGAACAAGUCUACAAACGCUUUGGCUUAUCGGAUGAGUCCCUAAAGUUGCUAUCAGAAAGGGUCAACAAACCAGUGGAGGAUCUGAAAGCUGCUAAAACAUCACAGUUCAAAUAUGGAGUCAAUGAAGACAUUCUGAUUGAUUUGAUGUCUAAACCAGUCAUUGUUGUAGCUAAGGUACUGGGGACGAUAAUGUCUCUUUUUCCAGGCGGAGGACUACCAGCAGGAGGCACGGCUAUCGCCUCUGUGCACUACCUGCUAAAUGCGGGACUGAAUGAGAUGGCAGAAGACAAAACAAAUAUUCUGAAUGUGUCAGAACUUGGCUAAUGUGCAGAAAGAAGUGCUUUAAGCGGGCUUAGAAAUUAUAUUUCAAUUUAUUAUACUUUAGUUCAUCACUUCAUCUUUCAGUUAACUCCUGUGCAACUGAUUAUUACAAAAUAAUCAAAUUAGCAGUUGAUUGAAAACCUGAAAACAUGAUUGAGAGUAAUUUGAAAAUGAAAUAUUAGCUGUGACCCAAAUGAGGUACUAUACAUUUUGCAUUUACAUAAUCUAUCAUCUAGUGUAUGAAUUUUCAAAUCUUUUUUUUUUUUUAAAGAUGUUCUUUUGGUAUGCAGUAUAUACAUGCUUCACAUGGUACAUGGGCAUUGUACAAUAGUAGUACUAAAAUAGAACUAAACCUAUUUUCACAUAGUAACAACAACUGUGAAAAUAAUUUACUCUGGUUACUUGUUAAGUAAGUCUGUUAAAUAUGCAUGUUUAAUAACAUUGGAGGACAGUAUUCAUGUUAUUAAUAACACCUAUAUACAAACUAUGUCUUUAUUACUCUAAGUGGGGGUCCUGGGUAGCUCAACAAGUAAAUACGCUGACUACCACACCUGGAGUUGCAUGUUCGAAUCCAGGGCAUGCUGAGUGACUCCAGUCAGGCUUCCUAAGCAACCAGUUGGCCUGGUUGCUAGGGUGGGUAGAGUCACAUUGGGUUAAACUCCUCGUGGUCGCUAUAAUGUGGUUCUCGCUCUUGGUGGGGCACGUAGUGAGUUGUGUGUGGAUGCACAAUGGAGAGUAGCGUGAAGUCUCCAUACACGCUAUGUCUCCGUGGUAAGGCAACUGAGAUUAAUCCUCCGCCACCUGGAUUGAGGCGAGUCACUACGCUACCAUGAGGACUUAGAGCACAUUGGGAAUUGGGCAUUCCAAAUUGGGGAGAAAAUGGGAGAAAAAACAUACAUUAUUGUACAAAAACAUUCAAUUAUAUACAUCUCACCAAAAAGAAAAUAAAUAUAUAUUUUUUUAUUUAA